CAAAACACCACAUUUAAGGCAAAAAAGACAGGAUAUUUCGCCUGGAGCCGCUCUUUGUGGCGCAGCUUUGACACCCGUCAACACACCAUCGAGAAUCGAGGACAUGGGACCGUGAAAGUAUGGCGGAUGCCGAGGAGCCGGAGAAGAAAAGAAGGCGAAUAGAGGACCUGACUGAGAAAAUGGCUGUAGAUGGUGGUUGCGACUGGGAUGGUCGCUGGAAUCACGUGAAGAAGUUUUUGGAAAGACCAGGGCCGUUCACACAUCCCGACUUUGAGCCGAGCCCCGAGUCUCUACAGUUUUUGUUGGAGACUUGCAAGAUUCUAGUUAUUGGUGCAGGAGGACUUGGAUGUGAACUCCUCAAAAAUCUGGCUCUGUCUGGGUUUCGCCUUAUUCAUGUGGUUGACAUGGACACUAUUGAUGUGUCCAACCUCAACAGGCAGUUUCUUUUUAGGCCCAAAGAUGUUGGACGACCAAAAGCAGAGGUGGCAGCUGACUUUGUAAACAGUCGAAUUCCUGGAUGCAAAGUGGUCCCCCAUUUCAAGAAGAUUCAAGACUUUGAUGAGUCUUUCUACAGGCAGUUCCACAUCAUUGUUUGUGGACUGGACUCUAUCAUUGCCAGGCGUUGGAUGAACGGGAUGCUGAUAUCCCUCUUGAGCUAUGAGGACGGAGUCCUAGAGCCCAGCUCCAUCAUCCCCCUCAUUGAUGGAGGAACAGAGGGCUUUAAGGGAAACGCUCGUGUCAUCCUUCCCGGCAUGACUGCAUGCAUUGACUGCACACUGGAGCUGUACCCGCCACAGAUUAAUUUCCCCAUGUGCACCAUCGCCUCCAUGCCGAGGCUUCCAGAACACUGCAUUGAAUUUGCCAGAAUCUUACAGUGGCCCAAAGAAAAGCCAUUUGGAGAUACGGGCUUGGAUGGAGAUAAUCCAGAACACAUCCAGUGGGUUUUUGAGAAAUCUCAAGAAAGAGCUGCAGAGUUUAACAUCACAGGAGUGACUUACAGACUCACUCAAGGUGUCGUGAAAAGGAUCAUACCUGCUGUAGCCUCGACUAAUGCUGUUAUUGCUGCUGCUUGCGCCACUGAGGUUUUUAAGGUCGCUACAAGUGCAUAUAUUCCUUUAAAUAAUUACCUCGUCUUUAAUGAUGUGGACGGAUUGUACACCUACAGCUUCGAAGCCGAGCGAAAGGAAAAUUGUUCGGCGUGUAGCCAGGUCCCUCAGGAUCUGCAGUUCCCUCCGUCCGCCAAAUUACAGGAGGUUUUAGAGUAUCUGACAGAGAACGCCUCGUUACAAAUGAAAUCUCCUGCUAUCACCACAACUCUGGAAGGGAAGAAUAAAACCUUGUAUCUGCAGUCAGUCAAAUCCAUUGAGGAACGGACCAGGCCAAACCUCUGCAAGACUUUAAAAGAACUGGGCCUGUCGGAUGGACAGGAACUCGCUGUGGCAGAUGUCACCACGCCGCAGACGGUUCUCUUCAAGCUCAAUUUCACUGCCUGAACCCCCGUUACGAGCACUGAUGUCAGAUCGACUAAGUGUGUUACACAAGGUUACUGUGAUGUUGCGGUAGCACAGUUGAUGUGAUUAUGUAAAUAAGAUGGGUAUGAACAUGGAAUGAGUUAACAUCAUUGUUUCUGUAUUUGUAACAUUAUUUACUGGUUAGUGUAUUUGUCUUGUGUCCAGUCAUUGUAGCUACUUCUGUCAAUCAAGUGAGAAUAAUGAUGUGCACUAUGCUCUAAUAAAGCUUUAUUAUCAUGCUUGUA